AUGCUUCCUCUAAGCGACCGACAGUUGGCCGACGGGGCCGAAGCGUGCCUCAAUCUCCAACGCACGGCGCAGGAUCUCCACCAGAAAAGACCGUUCACGGCGCUUCUCUUAGGCCCUGAUAACACCACCGUGGUCAUGUCAUCCCUCAGCCUGUCUCACGUGAGACACGCCGAGUGCGAGCUGGCACGUAACGCGGCGGACAAUUUCGCCCCCGAGUACCUGGCCCGGUCCACCUUGGUGUCGACCUGGGAACCGUGUGCCAUGUGCGCCGGAACUAUCUACUGGGCCAACAUCGGCCGGCUGGUGUACCUCGCGUCGGAAAAGGAGCUGCAGAAAGUGGUCGGCGACGGCAAUCCGGAGAACCUGACGCUCGACUUGCCCUGUCGCACCGUGUUUGACCGGGGCCAACGCAAGGUGGAGGUCAUUGGGCCUGUUGCAGGCUGGGAGGCAAAGGUCGUGGAAGAUGCCCGGCGCUAUUGGGGUGGUCCUUGA